AUGCAGACUCCACAGAAAAGCCCAAGCCUCAGACCUUUCAAGCAGAGGAAGAGCUUAGCAACCAGAAGAGAGGAAGUUGCUGGAAUCCGAGUCAAGUUCCCUGGCAAGAUCCCGGUGAUAGUGGAGCGCUACCCCAGGGAGAAGUUCUUGCCCCCACUGGACAAGAUCAAGUUCCUGGUCCCACAGGAGUUGACCAUGACCCAGUUCCUCAGCAUCAUCCGGAGCCGCAUGGUCCUAGGGGCCACUGAAGCCUUUUACUUGCUGGUGAACAACAAGAGCCUGGGAAGCAUGAAUGUGACCAUGGCAGAGAUCUACAGGGACUACAAGGAUGAGGAUGGCUUUGUGUACAUGACCUACGCCUCCCAGGAGAUGUUUGGCUGCUUGGGGUCAGCAGCCCCAAAGGAUGGGAGCAGCCUUGGGGGCAGACCCUGCCAUCCUCUCUAGCACGUGUCCACCAACCAAUGCAGGAGAC